GGCUGUGGAUAUGAGCUUUCAGACGGUGCUGAGGCGCACCGACACGCUGACGUACAGUCACUGAUCCCGGGACGGACUCUCCCAGCCUGUCGUGCUCCCCUUCCCGGGUCCUCCUCUCGGCGACGGGCAUCAGACUUCCUGAGAGCAGUCCACUCGUGUCAGCUCCCCCAAGAAACAAAAGAUCAGAGGAGGAAACACUGGAGACACACUUUGGAGUAUGCAAUCACUAAAAGAACAACAACCCGACUAUUAGCAGAACGGUUCCCAAAGAGGAGCUUUUUGAAGCACGAUGUAGCUCAUUCUGACAUUUUUCCUGCAAGAUCUUUGCUCUGUUGAAUUCACCGGACAAGUAUAAACUGAGGGACAAAUGGAGCAGUUUGGGGAGGAUCUGAACCUCUCCUUUCUCCUGGAACAUGAAAGAGACAUGAUUCUCAAGGUGCUGCAGAAAGAUGAGAAAUUAAGGAAGCGAGAGGAGAAGAGGAUACGGAAGCUAAAGAAUGAGCUGCUGGAGAUCAAACGGAAAGGGUCCCGUCGGCCCCAGGAGCCGGAGGAGCGACAGUGCGCUCGCUGCAUGAAGAGUUUGGGCCUCAUCUUCGGCCGCGGAGAUCUCUGCAAGGAGUGUCAGCUGCGCGUCUGCGACGAGUGCCGCGUUACCACUACCAAAAGACACCAGUGGAGAUGUAACGUUUGUGCCAAGAUCUCGGAGCUGAAGGAGGUGACAGGAGAGUGGUUCCUGGAGGAGCGGUCCAAGCGCUUUGAGCAGGGAGCGCCGAGCAGCGACGUCAUCAAACAGACAAUCAUGAGCAGCCUGACCGUCACAGAUAAAAAGUCAACAGAGAACCUGUCAACACCUUCUGAGUUGGAGAAAGCCGACACCCCAAGAUCCAAAAGAAGUGCGAUAGUUAACAUUGUUGCCAGGAGGAAAGGGAGGAUGAAGAUGGAUAAAAAAGGCAGCCGAUCGGCCAUGAAGCCGGAGAAUGGUGUCGACAGCGCAAGUGGCAAGUCUGUAUCGGAUGGAGACGCUCAAAGCAUGAGAAGUGUUGGCUCUGCACCGAGUCCACGUUCCAACAGGGCCGGUUCCAACGCUUUGGAGUCCUCGGGGACGCCCACCGUGCUCAAUAACCUGCGCUCCCAAACUCCAGAUGCUCCCAGCGACACCCGGAGGGUCAGGCCUGAUGGAGCGGAGAGCGUUGCCAGCGGUCACUCUGGUGACCGUGUGCCGGAGAAAAAAGCUCCCGGCCAUCACAGAACAAAUUCUGGCACCCCGACAAUCUCCGUGUCCAGGGCAUCGGUUUCAUCAGAUCACAGCCGCUCGGAGAUGGACCUGUCAGCUGCCGGGUCUGAACCCAGCGAGGACGCCUUCAGUCUCAGGAGCCGCUCGGUCCCCGGGCUCAACGAAGCGGAGUUUUCUGAUGAGGAUGUGGAGGAAGACAUUGAUGCCCUGAUGUCAGCUCACAGCAAGACUCCCGGCCGACGCCUCAGCAACGCUGUGUCGACGUCUUCCACUCCUGGCUCAGAGAGAAGGUGGGGGUACCUCAAUAUCCCCGACUCUGAUGCUGAGACUAGUAGUAUAAACAGCAUGAUGAGCAUGUAUAGUGAGACUGGUGACUAUGGCAACGCCCGGGUGAGCGGCGAGAUCCUGCUGAACAUCAGCUACAGCUACAAAACCGGUGCUCUCAACGUCCUGGUGAAAGAGUGUCACAACCUGGCAACAGGAGACGAGAAGAGGCAACGCUCUGACACAUAUGUGAAGACGUACCUGCUGCCGGAUACGUCACGACAGAGCAAGAGGAAGACGAGCAUCAAGGCCAACACCAUUAACCCUGUUUUUAAUGAGAAUCUCAGGUACGUGAUCAGCCACUCUCAGCUGGAGACUCGGACGCUGCAGGUGUCCGUGUGGCACCACGACCGGUUUGGACACAAUAGCUUCCUGGGGGAGGUGGAGCUGACCUUCGACUCCUGGGAGUUUGAUUCUCAAUUAGAGGACUGGUACGCUCUGCAGCCCAAGGCGGAGAGUAAUAUGGACUCCUCGAUGCAGUACAAGGGAGAACUGACCGUCGUGUUGAAGUACAUACCUGCAGAGAAAAACCUCAUGCUGCCCUUGGACCAAGUGCAAGUGAAAAAAGGCUUCCUGAAAAGCAAGAAGACGAGCAGCUUCACUCUGCCCAAAGGGGGCAUGGUUGAGCUGCUGGUCAAAGGAGCCAAAAAUCUCACUGCGGUCAAGUCUGGAGGCACUUCAGAUCCGUUUGUGAAAGGAUACCUCCUCCCUGACACCAACAAGUCAACUAAGCACAAGACGGUGGUGGAGCGACGCACUGUGAACCCGCAGUGGAACCACACCUUCACCUACUGCGGCCUGCAGCCAGGAGACCUCAACAACGUGUGCUUGGAGCUCACCGUGUGGGACAAGGAAGCCCUGGCCAGCAAUGUCUUCCUGGGCGGAGUCAGGCUAGGAGCUGGUACAGGCAAAAGCUAUGGUAAUGAUGUGGACUGGAUGGAUUCAUAUGGGGAGGAACAGCGGCUGUGGCAACGCAUGAUUGAAAACCCAGAAAUCCCUCACGAGUGUACUCUGAUGCUACGAUCCAGCAUGCGCAAGUGCAACACAUGAGCCGGAUGGAAUAACAGUCGAGAGAGGACAAAGUAGAACCAAUGUGAGAAGAAGAUGUGACGUGAAGGCAGAGGGCUGGAGAAGUGGAAAGCUCAAGAAAAAAGAAAAGUGUCCAGGACUGUUCACUCAUUAGGGAAUAGAGAUGGUGCUUCUGCCCACUUAUGCCCCCUGAUUUACCUUGUUCAGCCAGUCAUGCCUUACAUACUCCUUACAUCCAUAUUUCCUGCCCUCCAAAGCAUCCCGUCUUUGACCAAGCACUGCUGUUUACAACUGUAAAUGAUAAACAUGUGUUGUGUGUAACAUAGCUAGUGGAUUAAGCACACACUGUGGGCCCAGAUGUGUCCGUCCUCGUCUCCGUGCCUCGUGAACCAGAGUCGUUUGUGCAUGUAGUUGGAGCCGACGGAGACCUUUUAGUUAAGCCGUUAGAUCCGACACUGAUCUGCAAUUAGACUUUAACAUUCCCUUUAUUAGCAACCAGCUGCAUCCUGGGUCACAAGACGGGGAUGGGAGUCAUUCCCUUAUAAACAGAGGUGGAACGUGACCAACUCUUGUACUAAUGUCCUCCUCAAGUAGUAGACAGAGGAUAACAACUAAGUCGAAAUUACAACCUUGUCAAAUUUUUCAGCCUUUAAUCUUCAUAGCAGUGACCAUAUUUUAUUUAUAAGUGUUGUUUUAGAUCUAAAGUAGUAGUAUUAAUAAUUGAGUAUCCGCCUACAGGCUGCUCUGAUAUUGAAUGUGAGGUAAAAGUAUAAAUACUGACUUUGGAGUGUCCUCAAAAACAAAGACUGAAGCUAAAUUUGUAGGAGAUCUUGUGGAUUUUCAUCAGUCACUUUAAAAUAUGCCAAAAAAUGUGUAAAACGACAGUUUCCAACCCAAAGACACUGGAAUUACACAGAAAUGAAACCGCACAAGAUAACAUAUCCUCAGAUUUGAGAAGCUGAAGCCAUUGAAUGUUGAGCAUUUUUAGCCACACUAGCAAUUAUAUUGAUGAUUUAAUCCCUCAUGAACAAGACGGACAAUUUAAAGGUAUUGUCAUUCCAUUUUUUACAGACAUUUAUUGGCCCCAAUCCCAGGUAAAGAAGUGUCUUUAGCGUUUUUAUUAGGGAAAAUCUAAUGACAAUGUUUGUACUAAAUGUUGAAUACUAGCAUGCUAACAGGCUAAACAAAGUUGAUUAAUAUGGUAAUAUGGUAUCAUUAUAUUGUUUUGUAAACAUGUCAAACCACAGCCUCACAAAGCUACUAGCAUGGCUGUAGCGGUAGACUCGUGGGCCUUUUAACUCAUUUAAAACCGUAAGCUAAUUAUUUUUCUGUUGAUCAAAUAUCAAGUUGCUUAAAGGCUUUGAAGAGUGCUUGCUUUCCACCUCUGAUUGUCAGAAAAAAAGAACCUAGAAAGGUCACACAAUAACUAACGUGGAUGUAAAUGAUCACUGUAUCAGUGUGAUAACAGGAAGGUAUUGGAGAAACGCAGGUAGAGGAACAAAAGGAAGUCAUGCAGAGCCCUGAUCAAACGGAUCAUCAGUAAAGAAAGUGCAGGAACCCUGAGAGAAAGGUCGCUGGUUAAGGAGUGAGUCAGCACUGAGGCGGGCUGCCUCCAUCUCUUAAUCAUGAGAAAGUGUCACUCACCUUGUCCCUGCUGCCCGGGGCUCUGCCAUCCACCCUCUUGGGAGAAAUCACAAAUUUCACAAUAACCAUUCAACAGUUAAUCCCUGAACAACCUUUUUCACCAAAUGGAAUGCUAAUUUUGUCGUGCUUGCCCUCUGCUCUGAACUCCCUGAACUGUUUCCCAAAGCACAAUUAUAGUAAUAAUACAUGAUGCUUAAUGUACAACAUACUUUAGAUGAGAGGCUUGUGCAAUACCUGAUCACCGAAGCAGCUCUUGAUAUACAGCAUGUAUCUCUGUCGUGUCUGGUUUCCAAGCAUCAAACUGUAUCUAAACAUCUAAAAUCUGUUAUUUUGAAAUAAAUCCAUCUUUCCAUAGA